UGUUAUUGUGUGUGGUGGUCUGGGACGGGCUUACUCAGGGUUAUCAGGAGGCUGUUUAGGGUUCAGCUCAGUGCUCAGAUCAGAGUGUCUAUUUAAAACCACCUCCUCCCUCUCUUGAAUGAUUCAACAGCAGUAUGCCCCUCCCCCCUCCACAGCUCCCAUCAAGAUCAGCUGGAGGAAGUGGUGGCUCAGCCAAUGAGAUUACAGUGGCAGACCUACACUGUUUGUUCCUGUGUGUGUUUCUAGAGCUGAAGGGAGGACAAGCCUGGACACACAGCAGCAGCAGAUCCGUAUUUAUGUGUUUGAAAAAAAAAUUGACGGCUGACGCUGUUGUCGCAGCUCUACUUCCGUAUAUUCAAGGCUUGGCUCUCUUGGUUUCUCUGGAAUCUACUGUUUCGAUCUGGAUUCACCUCAAGGAUUUACAGAAGGGGCAUGUAAGACCCCUGAUCGGCAAUCAUCUGUGUGAGAGUGUGUGUGUUGCUGUAUGUGGGUGGGUGUGAGAGUCGGGUGACUCAAAUAUCCAGCAAUGCAUUCCUGUUGGAAAAUGAAGAUUCAGAAUGAAAAGCCUCUGGGUCAUUCAGCAAGCAGAUCCAGUAAUAUAUCAAAGGCGGGAAGCCCGACUUCAGUUAGCGCCCCAUGCAGUUUCUCAAGGACAUCCGUUUCCCCUUCCAGCCAGGACAUCUGCAGCAGUCAGGAUCAGGAGACUCAGAAACAGACUGCAGUGGUUCUGCUGAACUCCAACCGUAAAACCUCCAAGGGUCUUUCAGUAACCACCCUCUGCACAGACUCCCUGCGGGGCUCAAAAUACACCAAACAGCGAGACUGGCUCUCCAUGCUGCGUCCUGCCUCUGUCAGCGCCCAGCCUAAAAACUCCCUCAAGUUUUCUCUGUCUCUGAAUGACAUGGGCCAACGUGUGGACAACCUUUGUCAGGGGCUUCACUUCAUAGAUCGUACGUGCUCGGAGGGAGAACUGGAUGCGAAGGCCGAGCAUGCUCAGUGUCUCUGUAGCAAUCCGGUCACCACCACUAUAAGAGAGAGCCCAGAUGCUUCACUCUCAACCCGCACCAGCCUCCACCUCGUCCCUUCCCUCACGAACAACCACAAAUACAUGUUGUCCACCCCUACCAGUCCUGCUCCUCCUUCUCAUCAAAACAGUUUUGUCCAGCCUCUUUCCACACCGGGGUCCAACUUGCUUCAUCUCCUCCUUCCCUUCUCCCGAUCUUCUACAUCAGCCAGCCUGCAAUGCUCUGAGCUGGGAAGCUACGCCUCUCACCUCUACAUCGCCAAAUCUUGCAGUACUCUGCUGGAAGGCGCUGAAUCAGGCUUCCUCUCUCAAGGAGAUGACAGUGUGUUUGAAGUGGAGCUUCCCAGAUCAGCUUCCAAGGAGGCAAACAUGAUGCUGACAGCCCCCAUAAUGGACAGUGUGUCUGGGACUCUUUUAGCACCUCUGUGCUAUAUGGAUGAGGACGUGGACCUGGAGUGCCAUUCUUCGCCUUUGAUGGAGAAAUCAGGGCCUCUGUCACAUUACUCUCUAUCAGGGGACUGCUGCAGGAUUUGUCACUGUGAAGGAGAUGAUGAGAGUCCUCUGAUCACACCGUGCCACUGCACAGGGAGCCUGCGCUUCGUCCACCAGAGCUGUCUGCAGCAGUGGAUCAAGAGCUCAGACACCCGCUGCUGUGAGCUGUGCAAAUAUGAGUUCAUCAUGGAAACGAAGCUCAAACCACUGCGCAAGUGGGAGAAACUACAGAUGACCGCGAGCGAGAGAAGGAAGAUCAUGUGCUCAGUUACCUUCCACGUCAUUGCAAUCACCUGCGUGGUCUGGUCCCUCUACGUCCUCAUCGACAGAACAGCAGAUGAAAUAAAAAAUGCCCGAAGAAUCCCAGGUAUCCUGGAAUGGCCUUUCUGGACCAAGCUUGUGGUGGUGGCCAUCGGCUUCACCGGUGGACUGGUUUUUAUGUAUGUCCAGUGCAAGGUCUACAUCCAUCUAUGGAAGAGACUCAAGGCCUACAACCGGGUCAUUUAUGUGCAGAACCGGCCGGACACAUGUAAAAAACUGGCGCUGGAGAAACCCCCGCUCAUGGAGCCAAGCCUGGAGAGCAAGGAGGCUCUGGCCCCCAACCAGUCAGACACAAACUCCUCCCAGUACACAGAGACAGAAGAAUACAGUAUGGAGGUGCUGCAUGUCUGACACAAAAUAAAUUUCAUCAACCCCCCCUACUUGUGCUGGUAGAAACCGGCGGGAGGGAAGAGUAGCGCUUGACGUUCACCUUCCUCUGAUGGUAGACUUGACUGUCCUUUUCUGACUCCGCCUGUUCGCUCCAACCACAUUCGACCUUUCCCCUCCCAGGACCGAACUGUUUGUACCGACUCUUAUAAAUGUCACAAAAGGCCUGGAACUCAACACUCUACAUGCUCUGUUCAUGUUCCCCUCCAGAUGAGCGGAUCAGGAAAUCCCUAAAAGCCCAUAUUUGAUGCAUCGUUUUUUGGACUUGUUAGAACGCGUUUAUUUCUACCUACACAUGAUAACAAUGAAGUGUUAGAUCAAUACGCUGCCGUGCAUCUGAUCUCUUGAACCUUCCAUAUACUGCCAUCUUCGCACUAGUCAGACUGUGACCAGGCCUUGGAAAUGCAUUGAAGCACUUUUUUUGAAGCUCUAAAUCAUCUCCUCUCCUACUUUUUUAGUUCUUUUCCUUUUUUUAAUUUAGAAUGACGUAAAUGUUGUAUUUCGUUCAUUGGGAAGAGCACAGUGAAACUUUUUCCUUAAAUGCACAUACUCUUACGGACUUAACCCUCACUUGGAUGGGGAAAAAAAAAAAAAGAAAUUGGGAUGGUAAAAUGAGGGAAACCUGCUUAAGGAAACAGAAAGUGUUAACAUCUGACUCCUCUACCGCCCAA